UCAAAGAAAAACUAAGCAAGUGGGGGCCACAAAAAAGUGCAGCUCAAAUAGUUUUCUUUGCAAUUAUAUACAAUUUCUGCCCGGGUUGUGUGUGAUAUUGACUUGCUGGGCCAACCAGAAUCUGUCUGUCUUUGAUAUUGGUCUCUCUAUUUCAUUGAUGAUGACACCCAGCAGCAGCAACAACAACAGCGGUUUGCUACAGCAGAACGAGGGAAGGUCACAGCAGGAAUUGAGCGGCGGAGGAGGAGGAGGUGGUGAUGUGGUGGAGGGCAGCAAGGGUCUGAAGAAAGGUCCAUGGACCGCGGUGGAGGACCAGAUUUUGAUGGAGUAUGUGAGGAAACACGGCGAGGGCAAUUGGAACGCGGUGCAGAGGAACUCUGGCCUCAAUCGCUGCGGCAAGAGCUGCAGGCUCCGCUGGGCCAAUCAUCUCCGUCCCAACUUGAAGAAAGGUGCCUUCUCUCAUGAUGAAGAGAGGCUCAUUCUUGAGCUGCACGCCAAGUAUGGCAACAAAUGGGCUCGCAUGGCUUCUCAGUUACCUGGGCGAACAGACAACGAAAUAAAGAACUACUGGAACACAAGGGUGAAGAGGAGGCAACGCCAAGGCCUACCGCUAUAUCCCAAUGACAUUAAACAACCGCAACAAUCCCAUUCCCAUUCCCGAUCCCUACCCACAACCACAAUCCAAAACCCUUUCCAAUCCACCAACAAUUGCACAACCCCAACUUUUUCCUUCCAAAUUCAAAGCCCAAUCCAAGCCCAUCAUAUGCACUCACUCUCUCCCACUCCACCAUCUCUCUCUCCUCUCUCCUCCCCACACCAUCCCAAGUCCACUACUCUCCCUUCCCUCCCUCUCUUUGAUCCCAGCAACCCUCCCACCACCUCUUCCUUCUCCUCCUUCACCUUCCACCGUCCCGCCCCCAUCCUCGGAGCCCCGGUACGCUACAAACGGUACCGUGACUCUGUCGGAUUCUCCCCCCCAGUCUCCCCAACCCCGCAAAGAAGUGCUUCCAUUCUACGCGCCAAUUCAAUGCCUGACAUUGCCUCUUCUCACUUAACAAUCACCAAUUCAAUUCCUGAGAUUGCCUCCUUUCAGUUCCCGCGGACUUUGAACCCAUCUUUACCGCCAUUGCCAUCGUCGCGAACCCAGUUCGAGUACUCUGAGAGCUUCUUGUCAUCUACUGGCUCAGUUUACUCAGUCAAGUCGGAGCUCCCUUCAAGCCAAGUAUCCCAAACGCAGUCUGAGGUUACCAUUGAUACCAAGGUAAGCUCGACAGCGGCAGCAGCAGCAGUAUCCGCCAGCCAGUCCCACAGCAGUAAUGGGUUGUUGGAGGACUUAUUACAAGAAGCUGAGGUAUUAGCUUGUGGUGGUGGAAAUCCUUCAAAGAGAGCAAAUGGGCUAUUCAGUUCAUUUGAGGAGAAGCAUGUGUUGGAUAAUUAUACCCGAUGGCUGCAGUCUACAAGCUCCCUGGAGGGCUCGUUAUUAGAAGCAAAGCCAAUCCAGGAUGAUCACAUUAGCUCCCUGCCUGAAGAUUUGUCAAAGCUGUUCAGUUUCAUCCCUUCCACCGAGCCCAUCUCCGAUUGGUAUAGUGACAGUGGAGAGCUCUCCAACGGUCACUCUUCCGGAUUAACGGAUGCUUGUUUGGAUUUUGACAUGCAGCAGCAUAUGGCCGCAUUGUUCCCUGUUACUGCCACAGCAGAGCAUGGCAAAGCCUCUAGCUCUUGGGACAACUUGCCUGGAAUUUGCUGAGGAUGAUAUUCAACUAUACCAAAAUAUUAUUAUAAAUUAUUACAGAGCAUAUAAUAAAAGCUUUGAUGGCUUAAAAGAGACUCUUGUUGUUUCAUCUUCCUUGAUGGCGUUUGUUUUCA